AGACACCGGCUGAGGGUUUGCUUUGCUGACUGCACCACAGAGUUGUGCCCGACAGCUACACACACAGACACAGAGACAGAGGAGCAACAACUCCAUUUAAAACUCCACUCAGCAAGUUAAAAAGUCACCAUGAAGUUCUGUUUGUGGAUUGUUUUAUCUCUUUUUCUUCUUACAGGAACAUUAACACAAGAUUUUGACCUGACUGAUGCUUUGGAUGACGCAGCCCCACCAACACCUGCAAAACCCAAAGAGCAGCCCAAGCCCCCAAAGCAGCCUGAUGGUGGCUUUGGACUGGACUUGGAGGAUGCGUUCGGCCCAGACCCCACGCCCAAACCUGACAAGCCUGCUGUGAAGCCUCCAAAGAGUAGAGGAGGAGGAGGUGGCUUUGAUUUGGAGGAUGCGUUUGGUCCAGACCCUACCCCCAAACCCGACCAGCCUGCUGUGAAGCCUCCAAGCAGUGGAGGAGGGGGCGGAAGUUUUGAUGACUCAGACUUGUUUGAUAUUGGCGGUGGUGGUGAAUACAAGCCUGAUCCAGGCAGUCCAGGUAGCAACCCAUCAGGAGGUGGAGGUGACCCUGGCUACGAUCCUAAUGGUGGAGCUGAUCAACCUCAAGAAGCUGGGUCAGGACAGAUUGCAGGAAUUGCCAGCGCCAUAGGAGUUGCUCUGUUGGGAGCAGCAUCCAGCUACAUUGCUUAUCAGAAGAAAAAGCUCUGCUUCAAGCUGCAGGGAGGCCAAGAUCCAGAGAUGGGUAAAAGAAAUCAUGGCAAUCAGUCUGAUCCUCAAGUGUUCAGCAACCUGCUCAGGACGUCCUAAACGCCCAGUCUGCAAGUCAGUGGCCUUCUCAACAAAACUCCACUUUGUUCAACUUGAACAAUCACAUUGUUGCCUUUGCUCUGCAAAUUUAGACUUUUUAUGGAUCUUUAAAGUUAAUUUUAUUAAUUUUCUCACUCAACGAACUCAAAUCCUCAUCAGUGGAGCUGCUUCAGUUACUUCAGUGAGGGUGGUUUUUGCACAGAGCUUCAUGUUCAUGUGCUUUGUCUGUGUAUGACUACUGUACACAUUAACAUGUCCUUCCCUACAACUAACUCUAACAAUCUCUGCAAAUAAGUGGGUUUAGUUUAACAUAGGUGCUAUAUCUAAGAAGGAUUGAAGAAAGCGUGGGUGUUUUUUCAUCUAAUCGGCUCAGAAUGUAUGUAGAGUAUCUUUUUUUAGGACCUUAAAUCCUAAGAGUGAACCCCCCCCCCAAAAAAAAAAUGUGUUGUCAUUCUUAUCUGUCUCUGCAAUAUCUGCCUUCAUUAUUUCUUUUUUGAACCAGCCCUUUAAUGAACACAUUGGUCUGCCUUAAGCAUUUACUCUAACUUCUCAAUUAGAAGCAGGUAUUCAAGUAAAGGCAGCACAUUAAUUAAAGGCAGCACGUUAAUUAUGUAGCAAGCAAAGAUGGAAUCACUUGAACCAUGGCCCAUUAACACACAUUUCACCAGUAGCUGCUCUCCAUUCUGCUGCACUCAGUUUUUCUUUCAUUCGCUAGUUACAGCAGUGACUUCUAUUUAGCUGUUUUUAUUAACCAUUGUUAAUUAAAGGCACCCUAUGGAGUCUUCUUGUAAAUAUACAAUUAGCCUCAUGUUGAAACUUGGAAGACUGUGAGAGAUACAAACAAAACAGUGACCUUUUCAUGAAGACAUGCCCCUGAAGACUCCACAGCGAACCUUUAAGCAACUGCUAAAGGAAGUCAAGACUUACUGCAGAAAGCCUCACAGGAACAGGAGGGCUUUUGUCUUUUCGAAUACUUUGAAUGUAGCAGGAAGUAUUGACAGUACCAUAACAGCAAAUUACAGACACCUGCAAAAUGUAGGUAACGGGAAAUAACUAAAAAAGUAAAAGCUUGAAUUUUAAUAGAGAAGAGAAAUUCAGAGCAGCAGAGUGGUGAGUUUGACUCGAUUACUGUUUUACAGUGGGGUGAAUUUAUCAAGAGAACCUAUGAACACAGAGGAAAUAUUGAGUUUGCAUAACAGAAAAUAGCAUGAAUUCUUAAAUGAUCAAACAGAUAAAUAAAAGAGGUGAAAUAAAGGAUGAAAACAUCUUGUUUGAGAAUUUACAGUGAUGGUUUUUUCAGCUCUAAACAACAAAGUUUCAAUUUGUAUUGAUAUAAUCAUCAUGUAACUGGAUCUGAUUCCAGCAGAAGGAACUUUUUAAUGUACCAUGCUGAUUGUGAUGUGAGCAAAUGAGGUCAAUGACACACAAAGCAGAAACAUGCUACAUGUAUACAAUUGUACACAGUUGAUAAGAGUGUCAUUGUAAGUGAGAUGCUUAGGACCUUUUGUAUCACAUAAAAUUGUAUUUUACAUUAUACCUGAGCAUCAGCUUUCUGUUUGUUGUCAGUCUGUGCACUGCAUUUGUCUUUUCAAAAAGCUUUACAUGUUAUUUUCUUACAGCUGCUCAAAUCAGUGCACCAGAUCUUAUUCUCAGGGGUUGGUAGACAGCUGAACCAGAUAAGAAGAAAAUAAGUACUAUAGCAUUUACAGUCAUCCAGUGGACACAAACAUGAUACCAAUGAGCUUCUUUUGUUGCCCUGCUGGAUGUGUAAGCAGGCAGCUGUUUGCCAACAUGACAGCUUUAUAACAUGAAAUGUGUUUUCACACUGCCCGCUCAUGGUCAAAGUAGUGUGAUUGCAGCUUUAAGUGCAACAUGAUACAACCACCAAGUUCUUGCAAAAGUUGAUUUAUUUUAGAAACAUGAUGGUAUAUUUUCUUCACACUGAAAUAUUUGGCUUGAUUUAGGAAAAUAAGGUUUUUAGGAGUUAUACAGACAGAAAAAGCCUGGUGAGAUGGGGAUUUUUUUGUGAUAUCUGUAUUUUACCAGCUUCAUUACUUAGCUUUGAUGCUCCUUUUUGCUUGCUAAUGCACUUGUGCAAUUAUGAUCAACAAGUUCUCUGAUUUAUGUUCUUCAUGGUGGUUACCUCACACUCGUUUUAUUUGAAUCAAAAAUGAACACUUCGAGUAUCAAUGAGUAUCAAAUCAGAACUGUUGCAUUGGGGGAUUCUGCUAGGAGAAUUGUUGUUAUUGCUGAAAUAUUCAAAUGGUUUCACCCUUGUGAGCUGUAAAUACUUGAGUAUUAUGUGUAUAGAUGCCUUUUGACUGUUGCUUUAGGCUAGAUGCUGCAGUGUGCUUUGAGCACCAUGAUCUCAAUUUGAAGUGUAUUUUUGUAUUCAAACUCUUUUCAGUUUAACAAGUGUAGACUAUAUCCAGGAUUGUUCCUUCUUAUGAUUGGAUCGAUGUUACUUUUGUGAGUGGAAGUGUAUGUACAUGUUUUCAAUAAAGUGUUGUACAGUU